UUUCAAAUGCGGCUUUUAUAUAUAUGUAUUUCAACAUUGCAGGUUGUAAUUCUCUCAAUUUCAUUGAGUUAAAAUGGAUAAUAGUAGAACAUUUUUAACUUUAUAGCGCAUCUUGUCAGAGUCAAUCUUCUCUUUUUAUUGCUUAAAUUAAUUUUUGCCACUCUGUCCAUUCUUAUAAUUCCCCUUACAGUUCAGAACACAGCUAAGUGUUUACUAUAAUUAUAUUAAAAAGAAAACAUACGAAGCGCAAGCCCUAAUUAUUACAGUCCCCAGUUUAAAUAUUUAGUAAAUAUCCCACACACAUUAACAACAACUUUGUAGCCAUUUGAUUGUCUACUACAGAUUUUCAUAAAAACCUUUUACUACAGGUGUUGUUUUAACGUUGUUUAUACAAUAAUCAUACUAUUAAUAUUAAAAAAACACUAGAGAUAAUAACGCAAAUAUUUUAAUCUCACACACUAAUUCUGAUGCUAGUAACGAUGACUAAAUUAUUCACCCGUUUUCGCCAAUGUCGUUGUUUUCGUCGUACAUAAAACCGGCUUAUUGCGGAGGUUGUGUUGCCUAGCAGCGUUCCACCACCAACAUGGAGGCUGACAGUUCGGCAGUUCGACAAAUUUAAGUUUAAAUAUAGCAUUUUUAGGGCAGCAUUUAAUCAAAAUAUGUUCAGGUGUCGUUAAAUGUUCGAGGAAAAUGACGUAAGUGUGUGAAGUGCGCUGCCUAUGAGUUCGCACAAAAACAGAGACUUCAAAAUUAAAGAAGAAGAACAAGUAUAUUAAAGAAAAUAUAAUGCAGCAACAAACCUAACCUAUCAUCAUUUCUAAACAAAGACUAAGAGAUGGUGUAAAAUCGUUUCUCGUUAAAAUGCGACACCGAAUAACACCCGCCGAUUUUCUUAAAAAAAAUUGGCUCUUGGUGGGUAUAUUAUGCUGUAUAUUUCUGGCCGGAAUUUAUCCCAAACUGGGUUCCAAAGAAGGGCCUUUAAAUACGGAAUAUUCUGUGAAAUACGGAGCGGUGUUUCUCAUGUUCUUAAUAAGCGGGUUGUCUCUUAAAACUGAAAAUAUUUUCCACACUUUCCAACAACACAAGUUGCAUUUAUUUAUACAAUGCUUUACAUUUGUCUUCAUUCCAAUUUUUACUCGGUGUUUUACUACGUUUUUGUCGACGUUUGGAAUCAAUUCUUGGAUUUUGAAGGGGUUGGUGACAGUGGCAUGUAUGCCCCCACCAGUUUCAAGUGCAGUCAUAUUAACCAGAGCAGCACAAGGAAACGAAACAGCUGCAAUUUUCAAUUCCGUAGUGGGAAGUUUUCUGGGAAUAAUUAUAACUCCCAUAUCUCUUCUAUUUAAUCUGGGCUCUACAACUAUCGUUCCUUUACUGAGCACGGUAGUUCAGUUAUCGACGACCGUACUGUUGCCUUUACUCAUAGGUCAAGCGAUCAAGAUCUCGACGAAUUUUCGAAGUCACAAGUUGCCGCUUAACUCUGUGAGCCAGUGCGCACUUUUGUUUGUGAUAUAUACCACGUUUUGUGAUACAUUUUUGGUGCCCGAAACGGGUCUUUCGGCACUGGACGUGAUAAUAACGAUAUUUUCAGUAUUGCUACUCCAAAUAGCUCUUAUAAUUUUAAGCUUCAAAGCGGCGGCUUCGUCAAAAUUCUUCAGCCCGUCGGAUAUAAUAGCCGUCGUUUUCUGUUCCACUCACAAGUCCUUAACUCUCGGUAUUCCAAUUUUGCGAAUAAUGUUCCACGGGUACUCGCACCUAAGUCAAAUCAGCUUGCCGUUGCUGGUGUACCAUCCCACCCAAAUUAUUUUGGGCGGACUGAUGGUCUCGCAGUUAAAAGAUUGGUUACAUUCGCAAAAAAACAAAAAAUUGCCGGUGUAAAACAUUCUUUUUUUUUUAAAGCCUACACCUAAAUAGGUUUUGGUAAGCAAUCGAGAUUAUUUCGAUCCUGACAGACAAAUUAAUUAAAUGAAAUGGCAUUAAAGUUUUUUUUA